AUGAAAGGAGGCGGAUGGAGCAAAGGGACGCGCGGCGUGCGAGGAAUGGAUCAGCAGCACCAGUAUCAGCAACCCGUGGCAACAGGACGAGCAGCGUACGAAUCAAUGGACAUGCCCAAUAUGGGCAUGGAGAGUCGCGAUUACGGGCAGGAGGCAGCAGCGUGGGCGGAUGAGAACGGUAACGAGGAUUUCGGACCGGUCGGGGUGAAAAAGAGCCGAGUUUCGUCCAACAUGGGGAGCUCCACGUGGGAGAUGAACCGGCAGGAGGUGAAACGCAGUCGUACGGGCGAAGAAACGCCGUACGACGGGCAAGGCCGCUCCGCGAUUCCGGAUCUGCAGAGCCGAUCGAAGCCGGUGGCGGGGGCGAAGCGGGAGAGCGGGCUAUACGAGAGCGGCGCGUGGAGCAACGGCGUGUUAGGAGACAGAAACCCCAACUUCGAGAACGUCGCGAGCGUCGGUAACAGUCGCCACGUGGAGGUUAACGACGUGGAAGAGGAGGAAGACGAAGAGGCGGAAGAAGAGGACGAUUUAGCUGCUGAGCCGUUCUUAGAUCAUUCUUUAGAAUUCGCGCCUAACGUCCUGUCGUCUAUGGUCAAAGGCGAAGCAGGAGACGCUAACAACGAUCGCGCGAAUCUCGGCGGAAUUGACGACUGGGAGCAGGAGGAGCGGGAACGUGCGCGGGAGCGAGAGCGAGAGCGGGACGAGGAGGAAGAGGAGGAGGCGGAUGAGGCGGUGUUGAGAGCGGUGAAGGGGCCUGCACCACAUCGCGACAGCUACAGCCCGAAAGACAGUCAACGCUACAGUCAACGCGGCAGUCAACGGGAUAGUGGACGAGACAGCCAGAGCUACAGCCGGAGCAACGGUGUUAGCUACAACCGAAGCAACGAUCCUAGCAACAGCCGGAGCUACAGCCACGGGCAGCGGCAGGGAGGCGACAGUCUUGCGAGUCGCGGCGACGCCAGCACGACCCCCAGCGCGCCGCCCGUUUCCGCCAUGAGCGGCGGCCCGCCCGCGCGCGCCGCGCCCGGCGCGCCCACCCGCGCGGCGCCGCAGCCGCAGCGGCCAGAGGCGGGCGGAAGCGGAGAGCGGGAAAGCGCCGAGUCGCUGGGGGUGAGCAGCGGAAGGUGGAGCGGCGGGGGGCGGUCCGCGAUUGGGCUGGGGCGGGAAAGCGCGCUGCGCCUGAGCACCGUGCGGGAGGAGUCGGGCGCGACGACGGACUCGCCGUCGCAGGCGUCGCAGAGCGUGCUGGAGCAGAGACGCCUCUGUCUCCCCACACCCCCACCACGCCCCAUCGCACCACCGAGCAUUCGCUUUACAGAGCACUGCCCCCUUCCCAGCAGGGCGGGGCGUGCGGGGGCAGACACGCCUCUGUCUCCCCACACCCCCUCCCCUCCACCACGCCCCAUCGCACCACCGAGCAUUCGCUUUACAGAGCACUGCCCCCUUCCCAGCAGGGCGGAGCGUGCUGGAGCAGAGACGCCUCUGUCUCCCCACACCCCCACCACGCCCCAUCGCACCACCGAGCAUUCGCUUUACAGAGCACUGCCCCCUUCCCAGCAGGGCGGGGCGUGCGGGGGCAGACACGCCUCUGUCUCCCCACACCCCCUCCCCUCCACCACGCCCCAUCGCACCACCGAGCAUUCGCUUUACAGAGCACUGCCCCCUUCCCAGCAGGGCGGGGCGUGCGGGGGCAGACACGCCUCUGUCUCCCCACACCCCCUCCCCUCCACCACGCCCCAUCGCACCACCGAGCACUCGCUUUACAGAGCACUGCCCCCUUCCCUCCCGCCCCAGCCGUAUUCCCCCUCCCCAUUUCACUGCAGGGCGGAGCGUGCUGGGGCAGACGCGCCUCUCAGGGCGGAGCGUGCGGGGGCAGACGCGCCUCUGUCUCCCCACACACCCACCACGCCUCAACGCACCACGGGGCACUUUCACCCGCCUGCUAUCGAACCCAUCCAACUCGCCAGUGCUGAAGAGCGGUGGAGUGCAACGGUGGCAUACGAUGCAUGUGUGCGCAUGUGCAUGGAUGAGGCAUCCAAGGGGGCAUCCCACGCGCACUUCUUCCUGCAAGACGCUGCCUGUGCCUCUCUGCGCACAUUCUUCGGUCUCCAGCCACUCAUGCUGGUGCCUGUGAGUGCUCAAAACGCAGCAGACGCCAGUGACAGGCAGGGGGGAGGAGGAGGAGCGGGAGGAGGAGGAGGAGGAGGAGGAGGAGGAGGAGGAGGAGGAGGAGGAGGAGGAGGAGGAGGAGGAGGGGGAGGGGGAGGGGGUGCUAGGGGUGGGGAGGAGAGCUCAUCCCCACUGCGGGGGUUCUCCAGCUCUCCUCUCUCGCCGUACGGCCACUCGUCGGCUCGGAAGAAAAACCGCGGCAUUGGCACCCUCAAGCUGCAAGUGCGCAAGGUGCGCAUGACAAGCAAGGGGGACGAGGGGAGGGGUGGGGGCGGGGGGCAGGGGGAAGCCGAGAACCCGGGGGGCGCGGGGGGAGGAAUGGGGGGAGCAGCAGCGGGAGCAGGAGGCGGGACAGGGGGGGCAGGGGCGGCAGUGAGCAGCAUGAUGCGGCAGAUCAAAGGAGGCAUGGCAAAUCUGAGAGGGCUGGCUGCUGAAGCCACCACUGCUGCUCCAGGUGAGUGUGAUAUGGGCCAGUCGGGGCAGGGGAACCAAGGGGGGCAGGAGGGGCAGGGACGACAAAGGGGGGGCGGAGGGGCAGGGGGAGCAGGACGGGAAGGGAGGGCAGGGGGAGCAGGCGGGGCAGGGAAGUUCGUCUCUAUGUUGGUUCCUUCUCUGUCUGCCCAUUCUCCACUCCCUCUCUAUGUUGGUUCCUUCUCUGUCUGCCCAUUCUCCACUCCCUCUCUAUGUUGGUUCCUUCUCUGUCUGCCCAUUCUCCACUCCCUCUCUAUGUUGGUUCCUUCUCUGUCUGCCCAUUCUCCACUCCCUCUCUAUGUUGGUUCCUUCUCUGUCUGCCCAUUCUCCACUCCCUCUCUAUGUUGGUUCCUCCUCUGUCUGCCCAUUCUCCACUCCCUCUCUAUGUUGGUUCCUUCUCUGUCUGCCCAUUCUCCACUCCCUCUCUAUGUUGGUUCCUUCUCUGUCUGCCCAUUCUCCACUCCCUCUCUAUGUUGGUUCCUUCUCUGUCUGCCCAUUCUCCACUCCCUCUCUAUGUUGGUUCCUUCUCUGUCUGCCCAUUCUCCACUCCCUCUCUAUGUUGGUUCCUUCUCUGUCUGCCCAUUCUCCACUCCCUCUCUAUGUUGGUUCCUUCUCUGUCUGCCCAUUCUCCACUCCCUCUCUAUGUUGGUUCCCUUGCUGCUGCCAGAGGGAGUGCUGGUGUCCGUGCGGUGCCCAGCAGAGGAGGCGGGUGAAGCACGGAGGGUGAACCCCAACACCCACCAUUGCAUCAACCUUCCCGUGGAGAGCGAGAGACAAGAGGUGGUGGUGGAGGUGCAUGAUCGCAGUGGGUUGAGAGGGCAGGCCACGGUGCCUGCUGCUACGCUCAUGGACGAAGGGGUGAGUGAUAAGGGGCGCUGGGGUGUUUGGCGAGAACUGGGAUGGGUUCGUUGCACGAUUGAGGGCAAAUGGGUGAGGGGUGGUUCCAAUGGGUGCAGGGAGCAGGCAGCAGUGGCUGCUGCUGUGCUCAUGGUCCAAGGGCACCCGGGUCCCCACAUGUCUCUGUCGCCCUCUUCCCUCAUUUCCCCUUCCCCCCUCCCCUCUUCCCCUCUCCGCUGUCACACAAUCUCCCAUCAGCACCCGGGCGCCCACGUGUCACUGUCGCAGCGCUGCCAUUGGCUGGCAGUGAGGGACACGUGUCAGCAGGAGGUGGCUCGCGUGCAGCUCGCCGUGUCUCUCGUGCCCUGUGCCAGGGACUAUGGCACGCAGGGACUAUGGCACGCAGCGGGUCAGCAGGAGGUGGCGCUCGUGCCCUGUGCCAGGGACUAUGGCACGCAGGUGUGUAAUGCGGUGGACUAUGGCACGCAGUGUCAGCCAAUCACGGAGUCAGCAGCAUACGACUGGGUGCUCGCAGCAGCCAUGGCAGCUCAGGGCUUCCACGCGCGCAACCUCCGCCUCUCCGGCCCCUGGGAGUGGCUCUGCGACCAGUUCGCCACCUGCUAUGGGGUCUCACCACACUACACUAAGCUCAGGUACCUCACGCAUGUGAUGGACGUGGCAACACCGACAGCCGACUGCCUUACUUUGAUUCACCAGUUGUACCUCACGCGAGUGAUGGACGUGGCAACACCAACAGCUGACUGCCUUACUCUGAUUCACCAGCUGCUGGCACCAGUGCUGCAUGCUCACGACAGUGACGGCAGCAGUGUGACUAAACAGGAGGCGCGCAUGCUAGCAGACAUGGAAGAGCGGGUGGGAGACCUCCUCCAACUCACCUUCGAGAGCUACAAGUCGCUCAGCGAGGCUGCCCCCUCAGGCAUCGCAGACUACAUGGAGGAGAGAGUGGGCGACCUCCUCCAACUCACCUUUGAAAACUACAAGUCGCUCAGCGAGGCUUCCCCCUCAGGCAUAGCCGACUCUUCCCGUUCCGCCACCCACCUCUGUGCCUCCCUGGGGCGAUCGCUGGUGGGGGCAGAGGCGGCAGCGCUGGUGGCGCCGGCUAUCCCCCCUGCAGUGCACCUGUUUGGGCUGCUGAACGACCUACUGCUGCCAGAGGUGCAACAGCAGUUCUGCGGUUACCUGCAGGUGAGACGAGGAAGGGGGGAAGGGAGACAGCAGCGCGGCGGCGGUGCCGGCAACACCUGCGGGAUGGGGAGGGGGGCGAUACGGGGAGGGGAAGGGGGGGAUAUGGAGGAGCAGAGGGAGGCGUAUGGGAGCAUGCGACUGGCGUGUGUGGCCAUGUGGAGAGAGGUGCAGGCGGACAUAGGCAUUCACAACCAACACAUCCUGCCCAGCUUCGUGGACUUACCCGAGUUGACAGCUGGCGUGUACAUGGUGGAGCUGCAGCGGCGAGUCAACCAGUUCCUGCUGGCAGUGCCACCUCAGCACCCGCUGCCACAUGUCAAGAACCUGCUGCACGCCACUGCUGACGUGGAGGACAGGCUCAUGCUGUGGGGCGUGGGCAAGGUGCCUGGGGGGUUAGACGCCAGGGAGCUGUUCGGAGUGUACGUGGAGGCGUGGAUCAGAGAGCGCACCCACACUCUCAUGGACGUCUGUCGAGCUCCCAAGUGGGCAGUCCUGGCGCCAAUGUCGGACCGCAAUGCCACGUCGCCUUUUAUGGAGGAGGUGUACGGGGUGAUCAACAGCCUGCUGGACGAACUGGAUUCGGUGCUGGGGCGAUGGCCGCAGUACACGCUUCUGGUGGAGGAGGCGGUGUGCGAUGUGGAGCGAGCAGCCAUUUCAUCCCUCGCCUCUCACUUUCAGAACUUCCUCCUCCUCCUCAACACCCCCUCCUCCUCCUCCGCCCCCUCUUCCACAAAAAAGAAGCUUCUUGGAAUGCUGUCCCGCCGUCGCCCCACACUCGCGUACCAAGUUCCCAUUGAGCUGGGCGUGUAUCUCAACACCAUCAAGCGCAUGCUCGAGACCCUCCGCCCAACAGUGAAGGGAGCUGAGGACAGGCAAAUGGGUUUCCAACACCCAUCCUGGGCGUCUGGGCGUACCCAGCUGGGUCGAACCACAUCGCUGAAGCGAGUGCUCAAGGAGGUGCAUUCCUUUGAAAUGCGCCCUCUCUUUCCCUCCCCUGCAUCCGUUCGCUCCCCUCCUCGCCCCUUCAGACCCAGCUGGACCCAGCUGGGUCGAACCACGUCGUUGAAGCGAGUGCUCAAGGAGGUGCGCCCACAGGCAGGCGACGACAUGACGUCCAAGCUGCAGCCCCUGUCCGCGCUCAUAGGGUCGCUGCUAGCCCAGGCUGACGCAGUGCUGAGCAGUCGAGUAUUCGUGGGAACAGCGAGGGGCCUGUGGGACCGGCAUGGGCGGGAGGUGCUGUACUUCCUGGAGAAGCGGAGGGAGGGGGUGUCGUGGUUCAAGAGUGCAUCCGCUGCUAUCACACUUGAUACGCUGGAUAAUCUGUUCACCCAGCAGAUGCAGCGCCUGCAGGGCCACGCGCUCAUGGAGAGGGACCUAGAGCCGCCUCGAGCCAUCUGUGAUGCGCGGGGGGUGCUGUCUAAGGGAGGUGCACCAGCUGCCACUGCCAGAGUGCACGACUCGCUCUCCCUCUACUGA